UCCCAUACUUGCUUUUAUUCAACUUGUGGUCGUUGCCUGGGUGUAUGGUAUGGACAGAUUUAGUGACGACGUACACAUGAUGAUAGGCAGGCCUAUACCUGGACUUCUUAGAUUCCUUACAGCAUUUAUAACACCUUUAAUUGUUCUGAUUAUAUUUUUGGUAAGUUGUGUGGAAUAUGUACCGCCGUCAUACGGGAAUUAUACCUACCCUUCAACAGCCAGAGUUAUGGGCUGGCUCAGCGUUGCUAUAGUAAUGAGCCCAAUGUUAGUUCAAGGACUUUACACAGUUAAUACUUCAAAAGAGGCUUCGUAUUGGCAGAAAUUGAUGCAACAUCUUCAGCCCGUAGAAAGCUGGAGACCAAGUGAGGAAGAAUUUCAAGGACAAUUCCAUAUCAACAAAGCUAAAUAUAGAAACAGGUCGUGGAAGGAUCUUGUGUAUUACAAUAUGUUUGGCAACUACCCGCUGCCAAGUUCCAUAUCUACAAACAAAAACCAGGAGCUGAACUGCUUAAAUAAAACUUGACGUAGACUUUAAUACAUUAUGUAAUAGUAUUCUGUUUAAUUGUUGAAAGCUACUCAUCAAACAAAUUUUUUUAAUGACAUGGACACUUUUUUAAUCGAACAAAAUCUCAUAGUUCAGUACCUAUGCAGGUUGAUUUUUAUGUGUACUAAUUAAGUACUGUAUAAUUUAUUUAGACAGCAUAUUUAAUUAUUAAGUGCUGUAUUUUUUAGUUAGACAACAUAUUUAAUUAACUACUACUGUAUUAUUUAGUUAGACAACAUAUCAAAAUAACUACUGUAUUAUUUAGUUAGACAACAUAUUUAAUUAACUAAGUACUGUAUUAUUUAGUUACACAACAUAUUUAAUUAACUAUUGUAUUAUUUAGUUAGACAACAUAUUUGUAAGUGCGCUAAAUGAAUCUGUACAGUUUCACUAUCAGGUAUAUGUAUUCCGUAAAGGAAAGGGGUCGUCUCACAAUAACAAA